CCGGCACGCUCGGCGCGUGUUGGGAGUCCCGCCCUCGGACGUUGGCUGCAGCAAGACGGCGGUGGAGGCGGAAGUAAACGGAGAGGUUCCAGUGGAGGAUUUUUGAUGAUCAGACCUGUCCACAAGACGUGAGCUGACAAGGUUGCUUUCCUAUACUAAAACUAAGGAGCUGAUUGACACCAUGAGGAUUUUCUGUGGGCGGGCCAAUCCGACCACGGGAUCCGUGGAGUGGCUGGAGGAGGAUGAGCACUAUGAUUACCACCAGGAGAUUGCAAGAUCAUCCUAUGCUGAUAUGCUGCAUGACAAAGACAGAAAUAUGAAAUAUUACCAGGGUAUCCAGGCUGCUGUGAGCAGGGUGAAGGACAGAGGACAGAAUGCCUUGGUUCUCGACAUUGGCACCGGCACAGGACUCUUGUCGAUGAUGGCAGUCACAGCAGGUGCCGACUUCUGCUAUGCCAUUGAGGUUUUCAAGCCUAUGGCUGAUGCUGCUGUGAAGAUUGUGGAGAAAAAUGGCUUCAGUGAUAAGAUUAAGGUUAUCAACAAGCAUUCCACUGAGGUGACCGUAGGCCCGGAUGGUGACAUGCCAUGCCGUGCUAACAUUCUGAUCACAGAGUUGUUUGACACAGAACUGAUUGGGGAGGGAGCACUGCCUUCCUAUGAGCACGCACACAGGCAUCUCGUGCAGGAAAAUUGUGAGGCAGUGCCUCAUAGAGCAACCAUCUAUGCACAGCUGGUAGAGUCCAGAAGGAUGUGGUCAUGGAACAAGCUGUUUCCCAUCCGCGUUCAGACCAGCCAUGGAGAGCAGGUCAUCGUCCCCCCAUCGGAAGUGGAGCAGUGCCCUGGGGCACCCUCUGUUUAUGACAUUCAACUGAACCAGGUGUCACCCACUGACUUCACUGUCCUCAGCAACGUCCUGCCUAUGUUCAGUGUGGACUUCAGCAAGCAAGUCAGUAGUUCAGCAGCCUGCCAUAUCAGGCAGUUUGAACCUCUGGCGUCUGGCCAAGCUCAGGUGGUUCUUUCCUGGUGGGACAUUGAAAUGGACCCUGAGGGGAAGAUCAAGUGCACCAUGGCCCCAUUCUGGGCACACUCAGACCCAAAGGAACUCCAGUGGCGGGACCACUGGAUGCAGUGUGUGUACUUCCUACCACAAGAGGAGCCUGUCAUACAGGGCUCAGCCGUCUUCCUGGUAGCCCACCACGACGACUACUGUGUAUGGUACAGUCUUCAGAGGACCAGCCCCGAAAAGAAUGAGAGCAUCCAUCCUGGGCGUCCUGUGUGUGACUGCCAGGCUCACUUGCUCUGGAACCGGCCUCGGUUUGGAGAGAUCAACGAUCAGGAUAGAACUGACCAAUACAUCCAGGCCCUGAGGACAGUGCUGAAAUCAGACAGUGUCUGCCUGUGUGUCAGUGACGGCAGCCUACUCUCCAUGCUGGCGCAUCAUCUUGGGGCAGAGCAGGUAUUUACAAUAGAGAGUUCAGCAGCUUCUCAUAGACUGAUGAAAAAAAUCUUCAAGGCUAACCACUUGGAAGAUAAAAUUAAUAUAAUAGAGAAACGGCCUGAAUUAUUAACAUCUGCAGACUUGGAGGGUAAAAAGGUCUCUCUCCUCCUGGGGGAGCCGUUCUUCACCACUAGCCUGCUGCCAUGGCACAACCUGUUCUUCUGGUAUGUGCGGACUGCGGUGGACCAGCACCUAGGGCCCGGCGCUGUGGUGAUGCCCCAGGCUGCCUCGCUGUAUGCUCUGGUCGUGGAGUUCAGGGACCUGUGGCGGAUCCGGAGCCCCUGUGGUGACUGUGAAGGCUUUGACGUUCACAUCAUGGAUGACAUGAUUAAGCGUGCCCUGGACUUCAGGGAGAGCAAGGAGGCUGAGCCCCACCCGCUGUGGGAAUACCCGUGCCGCGGCCUCUCUGAGCCCCAGCAGAUCCUGACCUUUGAUUUUCGGCAGCCAGUCCCCUCGCAGCCUGUGCAUGCUGAGGGCUCCAUCGAGCUGAGGAGGCCUGGGAAGAGUCAUGGGGUCGUCCUGUGGAUGGAAUACCACCUGACUCAGGACAGCACGGUCAGCACCGGCCUCCUGAAGCCUGCAGAGGACAAGGGGGACUGUUGUUGGAAUCCCCACUGCAAGCAGGCUGUGUACUUCUUCAGCACCACGCUGGACCCUAGCGCACCGCUGGGCGGCUCUCGAACAGUCAGCUACACUGUGGAGUUCCACCCCCAUACUGGCGACAUCACCAUGGAUUUCACACUCUCAGACACUCUGGAGGAUGAGCACUGACCCUCACUCAUUGAGAAAUAAAGUGGCCUGAGUGCUCUGGGCUCUGAA